CCCGGCCCCCGGCGGCCGCCCCGCCCGCUCCCCGCGCCGCCGCCCCCCGCCCGCCUCCCGGGAAGCGCGGGCCCGGCCCCGCCGCCGCCGCCGCCCGCGGGGAGACGCGUCCCGCGCCCGCGGCCCCUCGCGCUGCGCCAGAUUCCCUCUCGCAGGGGAGUCCCACACCCCCCGAAGUGCAUCCCUGCCAGUACCCUGUGAUGGCCCUGGGACCUGCUGCCUCCCCACAGCCAGCUGGAGAGGAGAAGCCAGCGGGGACAGCAGGAGAGGGGAACUGACCCCCCAUCCAUGGCAGGGGACAACCACCUGGGGCUACCGGAGAGCAGCCCAGCACCCAGGGCCUGUGCUUGUCCCUCGUCCCCCUGUCCCACGCACCACUGCCCAGGAGGCUCCUGGUGAAUUCCAGCCAUGUAGGCGCAGCCUGGGACUCUGCUGACAGCCGCCAUCAACAUGCAGCAGGGCUACGCAGCUGUCCUGUGUGUCCUGGCUGUGCUGGGGCUGGAGGCGGCUGCGCCAGGCGAAUGUGAGCUCACCCGCCUGCUCCAGGACAAGCUGCAGUACGAGAUGCGCCUGCAGUACAUGAAACACUACUUCCCCAUUGACUACACUGUCCAGGUCCAAUACGAAGAGGUGCUGAGGCCAUCCAACAUCAGCCGUCUGCGCAACAGGACGGUAUCAGAGGCGGCGCUGCGGUACCUCUGGUUCCACGUCAGCUCUCAGGCAGUGCUGCAGAUCCGCGAGGUGCUGCCGGAGAAGCACCCAUCCUGGAAGUACACCCAGGAGCUGUGCCAGCUCUUUGAUGCUCUGGGCAAGGAGUACAGCAAGUACCAGCAGACAGAUGUUGAGGCGGUGGUGGCUGACCUGGUGAAGCUGGUCCACAGCGGGGGCAUCGAGAGCCGGAGGAAAGCCGUCCGCCCCAAGGCGCUGCUGGACAACUGUCUCAAGGUCAUGCGGAUGCUCUACGGGGUACCCUGUCGUUGGGAGUCCACCUAACGCCGCAGAAGACCCCUCGCUUGAUGCCUUCUCCUCGCCCUGGAGCCUGGGAUGCUUCCUCUGCUCUGCCUCCCCCCAACAGAGCCCCUUUGGGGGUCACCAAGGAAGGUGCAAAGGGGGGACAAAUGCCACCCCCUCCGGGACCAAAUGCCACCCCCUCUGGGAACCUGGCACUGUGCAUGGACACAGGGUCGGCUCCAUCCGAAAUGCCAGGGACGUUCUGCAGAGGUGCGGGCUGGGGGGGCUCAGACACAGCCUCCCCUGCGGGCAGGUGGCUGCCGGCUGCUUUUGUGGGGGGGAGAUGCUGCCCUUCCCUGCUGGCAGCAGGGCCAGGUCAUUGCCCAGUUCCUCUUGGUUUCUAUUUUUUUCCUCAGCUUUCAUUAAACACCAGGUAAUUCUCUA